AUGGUCGGCAGUAAAUCCAAUGGUGACAUGAUAGACAAUGACGUAGAAGCCCACAGCGGCGACGUGAUAUCGCAAGUCCAAACAGCCGCCACAAACUCCCUCGCCUACAAACCGAACGUCGUGCUCAUAAACGCCGGCACCAAUGACUGCGACUACAACGUCGACCCAGCGAACGCGGGCGAGCGCAUGCGAUCCUUAAUCGAAACCCUAAUCAAUGCCCCCGAUAUGGCCAACACGUUAAUCGUCCUGUCAACCCUGAUUCCCUCCGGUUCCACAUCCCUCGAAGCCAACAGGCCCUCUGUCAAUGCACAAUUCCGAGCACUGGUCGCUGACAUGCAAGCGGGGCAGAAUAUCUCCAUCGUUCUGGCAGAUAUGGAUCCCCCGGCCCCGAGUCCCGGAAAUAACUGGAUCAAGUACCCCGAUAACUACGCCGAUGACAAGCACCCCAAUGACUACGGGUACUCCCAGAUGGCGGAUAUCUGGUAUAAUGCGAUUUAUGACGCCGCGGAAGCGAGGCUCAUCGUCAAGCCUGCGGACCUCAGCAUCUCGACCACGGGGACCUGCGACAAAGAGUACGGGAGCGGAGUCUACGCGGGCGGGUUCACGCAACAAGGAAGUGGUGAAGAUGAUGGGAUCUAUCGACACGACAGCGAGUAUAGCGGGGCAUUGUUUAGUGUUCGCGCCGGAAAGGGUGCACUUGAUCCAUACAGAGAUGAUGACGAGCUGUUCUUUUUCUUUGGGAGGCUUUAUACGAGGGAGUAUGAUGACUUGAUCAUCUUCCAGAAAGAUAAUGAAUCCGGGGCGGUAACGUUUGUUUCUUACACGAAUAAUGUUCACACUGAGGAGAAGGAGUUUACGAAGGGGGAUUCAUUCUCGACGCAUAAUAAUUGUAACCCUGGAGGUGUGCAUUUUAUUGAUGUGAAUGGUGACGGACUUGACGAUUACAUCUGCAUUGCCUUGGAUGGGACUACCUACGCAAGCAUUAACAAUGGAGACGGUGAUGCUGGGAGUAACAAGCCUCCAUCCUUCACGGAUAUCGGAUUAUGGAAGAGUCCAGAAGGACACGAUCAGGCGCAUGUACGACUUGCUGAUAUCGACGGCGAUGGUCGAGCCGACUAUUGUGUUUUGGCUGAUAACGGCGACAUCACAUGCUGGCGAAACGGAUGGAUAGAAGACGUCCCAGCAUACUGGCAGCCGCUGGGCAAGCGCUUCACCGGAAAAGGCAUGGGUGACCUCCGCGGCGUGCGAUUCGAAGAUAUAAACGGCGAUGGGCGCGACGACUGGAUGUGGGUUGAUGAUGAUGGUGCUACAACAACAUACACAAACUCCCGGAGCUGCAUUAAAGGAGAGGCUGGUGACGGAUUAAACGUUGUUUGGCGCCAGGGGUUCUACCAAGAUGCUAAUUCAGGCCCAUCACAUCCCGGGAUGGGAGGGUUAUUCGGUACAUCCGGAUUACGGGAUCAGAUUUACUUUGCUAGAAUUUAUGGUGAGGUGGCGGAUUUUGGAGAGCUCGGGAGACAGGACUAUGUGUUCAUCGAGAAGGAUACCUCUGACGAGAAUCUUGGGCCGAUGUAUUACAUUCAUGUGUGGAAGAGCAAAGGGGCGGGAGGGGCUAAGAUCAAAGCCGACGGAGACAGGUAUUGCAAUAUGGUGGGCCACGACAACGGUAUGAUGGAUUACGUUUGGAUCCAUUCAACCGGCCAUAUGCGCCUCUAUCCGAAUAGAGGCCUGGUUGAAGUACCCACUGACGGGUCGAGCUUCUGGGGAGGUAAUGAGAUUAUCUUCGACCCAACCCAGGAGCAAAUUGGCAUCAAACUUGACCGGCGCGAUCUGCAUCUCGCAGACUGGGAUGGCGACGGAGCCUGCGAUAUAAUUUGGACAGACCCCAACAAUCAGAACAAGGUUCAAGUUUGGCGGAACAUGAUCAAAGAAACUGGGCAGUUUGACUGGGAGUACAAUAUUAAUGCUGCAGAUCAGCUAUACUGCCCCGAGCACCGAGGCCUUGGUUUCUUUGACCGUCCUGUCCAUUUUGCUGAUGUUUCUGGUAACGGCAAGGCCGAUUACCUGUGCGUUGAGAAGGACGGCCGCACCUGGGGUUGGGUUAAUGGGGACGAUGGAUGGGAGUAUAUUGAUCAAUUCAAGUACUCCGAGCAGAAGGACAGGGCGAAUCUACACUGGGCAGACGUGAACGGCGACGGAAAGGCAGAUAUGAUCUGGACAGACAAGUUCUCAGGAGACGGGUCGGUCUGGUAUAACCUUGGCCGACGUGAUAUCAAGGGAUCCCGAUACGAAUGGGGACCGCAAGGUCCCAAGUACCGAGGUGCAGUUGAAGGCUCAUGCACUUAUUUCCCUGACCUAAACGGUGACGGCCGUGCAGACAUGCAUAGCAUUUGGAAUUCCAUCAACAACACAGCGCAGACAUGGUACAACGAAUGUGCCACCAAAGAUCACACCGGCGAUGACGGCCCGAUAACUGACCCCAAUCUACCUGUAUCUCCUGAAAACGGCUUCAUCGACGUCACCCCUCAUUAUCAAGAUGACAGCGGCUGCACUAGGGCCGAGGUGCAGACGAUCCUUGAAGAAAUGCAAUAUGCGGCUUAUAUCGCGUCGGAUGUUGGGUUAUAUGGCGGAUACUAUUCAUAUAGGGACCUCUUCUUCGCCAAAUCACUCAACGACGACUCGGUCUGGAUUCAGAAUGUAAGGAACACGUUCGACCGGAUGUUGUACAUGGUUGCUGGGCACCACGAUAGCGAUGAUGGAAAGUUCACGAUAACUUGCAAAAAUCUUCCGGGAUGUCGGGACGGGAGAGGCUGGCUUGCCAUGAUGAACUCUAACAAUCGACUUAAUUUCUGCCCAAAGUUCUUCACAGGUGACAUCCUUAAGAGUACCAAGUCAGUUCUGGCGAAGUGCGACUCAAUUAACCUCCAGGAUGCCCAUCUCACUCGAGCCGCGGCGAUUUUGCACGAAACAACGCAUACAAAUUGGGUUAUGGAGAUUGUCAAUGGGGAGAAUGGGAAAUGCCGCGAUUAUGUCUAUAAAUGGAAAGGAGCUCGAGAUCUUGCCGCAGGGACCCUGAAUCGACACUGUACCUACUCUGGCCGAAAGGCUGAAGAAAAUGCCAAUAAGCUCCGUAUAGCCGGCGAUGCUAACUGGCAACGCAGAUUGCUUUGUCCAGACCCAAAUAACCCGGGGCAAGAAGGCAUUUGUGACAGCAAGUUGUCCGCCUACAAUGCGGAUUCAUGGACUCUUGUCGUAGUUGGCGGGUACUAUACACAAAAAUGCGGCCGAGAGAUUCCCCUUCCUGAGGACUCUUCUUCUUCUUCAGCGGAUGGCUCCAGCUGUCCGGCCUACGAUGAUUCUUCUUAUGAUUCUGACCCUUUGUACGGGAUCAAUGAUUACGCUCACUUCGGUGACUCCUACGCCGCUGGGAUGGGUACAGGAACCACAUCCGGCGACAGUUGCCGCGUGGGAAGUAACAGCUACGGCGAGCUCGUCCAGGAGUGGUUUGAUAAUGAGGACUUCAAUUAUACUAACUUUGCAUGCUCCGGGGAUACAACGGUUGAACUGAAUAAGAAGAUCGACCAGUGGCUAGGACAGAACCCCACGGGGACUACCAUGGCAACCCUGACAAUUGGUGGGAACGAUGUGUUCUUCAGCGAUCUGGUUUCCAACUGCGUGCUAACGAUGUGGUGGUACUCACUUGAGCAAUACCGCCAGUGGUGUCUGGAGACUGAAGAGAAAGCCCGCAACCUGAUGCAGGAUACAGGAUCUGAUGGACUCGGUGCGAAACUUAGGGCUGCAUAUGAAAAGAUCUUGGAUGGAUCUGGCUCUACCUCGUUCAACCUUUACGUCCCUGGCUACGUCACCUUCUUCAACGAAGACACCCCAGAUUGCGACUCAACAACGUUCUGGUAUGAAAGCCCACACUACGACCCCCAGCAAUCCGGCAAUUAUGUGUGGCUCACGACCGACAUACGUAAAGAACUCAACGACCUCGUCCGCAUGCUCAACUCCCUAAUCCAAUCCACCAUCUCGGACAUCAACACCGCCCGAAACAGCCAACAGAUCCAUUACAUCGACAUGGACUCGCGCUUUGAUGGCCACCGUUGGUGUGAACCCGGAACCCAAGAACCAGACCCCGAUAACCCAAGCACUUACUUCUUCCUAUCCGCAUGGCCCGAUAUCGCGAUUGACGGGGACACGGCGGCCGAGAGUACGAAUGCUACCGAGACAGAUGAAAUAACAGCGCUUAUGAACGCCGGAUCUAUCCAACUGCCCGAUGCGGAUACGUGCCAGGCUGCUUUGGGUUCUGGCCCAGACCCCUAUGCAGCUUUCAUGUGUGACGUUGCUAUCCACGUCAAGGGGAACUCGUCGAGUUUGAUUGCUCAGAGUUUGGAUCGAGCGAAUCAAGCGAUUGCGAAUCAGGACUAUAGUAGCCAGGAUAUCUCUUGGUGGUUGCCUACUAGGCAGAUUAAAACGUUUCAUCCUAGGAGUCCUGGGAUGAUGUUUUAUGCGGGGGCUGCGGUGGGUGGGAUGUUGAGUGAUUGGGGGUUUGAUUAG